CUAUGAAAUAGAACAGCCCCUGGUUUGGAUUGGAUAGAGCCUUUGCCCGCGCUUGCGCCAUAGCUGGUGAAGAAGAUGCUCGCUCUAACAGUGGCUUCCAGUUUGGGCUCCGCUCCACUGCACACGAAAUGGAAGAAACCGAAGCGUCUAGGGUUCACCAUUAACGAAUUUCCUUCAUUCCUUCCCAAAGAAGUUGAGAAUAUCAAAGACCAGUUUGCUCGGAAGCUCGCUACAAGAAUUGAGAGGCUACCCGUCAGCUUCUCUGACACUUGUAUUAUGAGCAGUUUCGUGAAGCCGUCAAUACAGAGCAAAGCAAGUCCAGUGGUUCUUCUCCAUGGGUUUGACAGCUCCUGUUUAGAAUGGAGAUACACAUAUCCAUUGCUCGAGGAAGCUGGUUUAGAAACCUGGGCUGUCGACAUUCUUGGCUGGGGCUUUUCUGAUUUAGAAAGACUGCCACCAUGUGACGUGACUUCUAAACGCGAUCAUUUGUAUCAGCUUUGGAAAUCUUAUAUUAAAAGGCCAAUGGUAUUGGUUGGACCCAGCCUUGGCGCUGCUGUUGCUAUUGAUUUUGCAGUCAAUCAUCCAGAAGCUGUUGAUAGGCUUGUGUUGAUUGAUGCAAGUGUAUAUGCAGAAGGUACAGGAAACUUAGCUACUCUACCAAGAUUGAUUGCCUAUGCUGGGGUAUUUUUAUUGAAGAGCGUUCCCCUGCGCGUAUAUGUGAAUCUUUUAGCCUUCACUGACAUAUCAUUUAGUACCAACCUGGAUUGGAGCAAUAUCGGCCGCCUGCAUUGUUUACUGCCUUGGUGGGAGGAUGCGACUGUUAAAUUUAUGUCAAGUGGAGGAUAUGAUGUCGGUGGCCAGAUUGAAAAGGUGAAGCAGAAGACGCUUAUUAUAUGGGGCGAGGAUGAUCAAAUCAUCAGCAACAAACUUGCAGUGAGGUUGCACUGUGAACUGCCAAAUGCAGUUAUUCGUCAAAUACCUGAAUGCGGCCACCUUCCUCAUGUCGAGAAGCCAAGUUUUGUUGCCAAAUUGAUUAUGCAAUUUGUUCACGAAGAUUCCAGAAAAGAGGUUGACUCAAUUACUCUGCAAACAUGAAUAGAAUAAAGAAUAAGAGUGUGAUAAAGUUGGGGGAUUGAUUUUCUUUGAUGAUUAAGAAGAGAAAGUUGGGAUCAUCCUCCAUGAGUGAACAUGAGAAAGAUUGUGUGGAGAAGGGAAAGGAGAAAACAAGCUUAGGUAGGAUGCACAGCCAAAAUGUUCAAAAAAUGGAAAUUGACAACAAGGUUUGAAUUUUAGGGGUUGCUUUGAAAUCACUUCACUUUUACAUUGAUGCGUCAGUCUUGUAAAGGUGGUUGAAGUGAUGAAUGGAAUGUGGAAUUUGAUAUUCCCUGGAGAUUAUAAACUCACCACUCACCACUCACCACACAUGUAAAGUUGCAUUUAUAUCCAUUAAUAUAACUACUCCGAUGCUGGGAACUUGUAUAGAUUAUGGAACCAUGUAUUGAAUUAUUAACUUCUUUAAA